AUGAAAACCACUUUUUAUCUCCUUUUUGUUUCCACCUGUUCCUUCCUUCAGUUGCAUCUGUGGGGGGUCACAUGUUCGGAAGCCGAGCACAAGCUCUUCUCCAUCAUCUUCUCCAACUACAACCAGUUCAUACGACCAGUGCAGAACGUGACUGAGCCGGUCAUCGUACAGUUCGAGGUGUCCAUGUCGCAGCUUGUUAAAGUGGAUGAAGUCAAUCAGAUCAUGGCGACCAAUCUGUGGCUGAGACAUAUCUGGAAUGACUACAAACUCAAGUGGAAUCCAAAAGAAUUUGGUGGUGUUGAGUUUAUACGCGUGCCAUCCAACAGGAUAUGGAAGCCCGACAUUGUGCUUUAUAACAAUGCAGUCGGAGACUUCCAGGUUGACGACAAGACGAAGGCCCUGCUCCGGUAUAACGGCGAAGUCACUUGGAUACCUCCCGCCAUAUUCAAGAGCUCCUGCAAGAUUGAUGUCACCUACUUCCCCUUCGACUACCAGAACUGCACAAUGAAGUUUGGCUCGUGGACCUACGACAAGGCCAAGAUCGACCUGGUGCUGAUCGGCUCCACCAUCAACCUCAAGGACUUCUGGGAAAGCGGCGAGUGGAUGAUCAUCGAUGCCCCCGGCUACAAGCACGACAUUAAGUACAACUGCUGUGAGGAGAUCUACACGGACAUCACGUACUCGCUGUACAUCCGCCGCCUGCCGCUGUUCUACACCGUCAACAUGAUCAUCCCUUGCCUCCUCAUCUCCUUCCUUACUGUGCUCGUCUUCUACUUGCCAUCAGACUGUGGUGAAAAAAUCACGCUGUGUAUUUCCGUGCUGCUCUCCUUGACUGUCUUCCUCCUUGUCAUUACCGAGACCAUUCCUUCCACAUCGCUGGUCAUCCCCCUCAUCGGCGAGUACCUGCUGUUCACCAUGAUCUUCGUCACUCUCUCCAUAGUCAUCACAGUGUUUGUGUUAAACGUCCAUUACCGCACCCCAAAGACCCACACAAUGCCCCAAUGGGUGCGCAGGGUCUUCCUGGGGCUGCUGCCUAAAAUCAUGUUCAUGACCCGACCUGAGAGGGAUCCAGAAAAGAUCACUGACGCCAUUCAGAUGAGCCAGUCAAGGCAUUGCGGUGUGCACUCCUACCAGCAAAAAAAGCACAAGCCUGAAGCUCUGGCCUCUAGCGUGGUGUCCAGCCUGACCAACCGCCAGAGGGUUCUCAACAACACAGAGCUCUCCAAUCUUAACAACUUUAGUGGAAGCGAGCUGGCCAAACGCGGCGGAUCAGGCUCACUGUGCUGCGAGGGUCACUGCAACAGUUGCUGGCACCAAAAGUCUGGAAAACUCCCUGCGGACUCAGGAAGUGGAGGCGGCGGAGGCCUUGGCAGCCUCGGAGCCUUGACUGGAGGCGGUGCGACUGGCGGUGGGAGUCAAUGCUCCAGCUCGGAGUCGCUGGAUGUUGGAGCUAUAUCUUUGCUACCGAUCUCCACAGAAAUGAAGGAAGCCAUAGAGAGCGUCAAAUACAUCGCAGAGAAUAUGAGACUACAGAACGAGGCGAAAGAGGUUCAAGAUGACUGGAAAUAUGUUGCCAUGGUGAUUGACCGCAUCUUCCUGUGGGUUUUUGUCCUAGUUUGUAUCCUUGGAACCGCUGGCCUUUUCCUCCAGCCUCUUCUACUUGGGGAUGACAUAUAA